AAAGCAAUGGCUGAUUAGAUAAGUAUUAAAGAAAGCUUUUCACUAAUGGAACAAUGGAUCAUUUGCGAACAGAACGCCCAUCGACGAGCAGGAAAUGUGGAAACUAGACUCCAAGGAGGGCAUUAUAUGCUCCGGGGCUGCAUCGAUCUGCCUUGCGAUCGCCUAUCUCAUCAUAUUCGCCAACUUGAGGGGGUUAUCCUACAACUUUGGAGUGCACAUAGCGUCCCUGCAGAUCAUCAGCAGCGCAGUCCUCAUCGUCGGAUCCACCAAGGUGGGCCAUACUCCCAAUUCAACUUCCAAAUCUCCAUCCACAUUCUCUCAUCGCAGGAGAGGCACAAGCUCUUUGUGCCCUGGAUGAUCACAACCGCCAUGUUCCUCUACCUGAUGGGUUACUCAUCCAUUGUGCUGCUGGCCAUGGGCGAUGGGCUUAUCGUCAUGUUUUUCGCAGCGCCAAUGAUAGGCUGCCUCGGAAUGACAUUCUAUGCGGUGCAGAAGGGCUUCCGCAGGAUGCGCAAGGAUGGGCAGCCACCGAAGUAUGCCGACAUGCAAGUCAAAAGUAUUCUGGUGAAUCCCAUAUGAUGCAUUUGCCAUUUGCAAUUGUUGGUUUAUCAAAAGCACUCUAAUCGCAUCGUUAUAAGUGAAAUAAUUAUGUAUAAUAUGGUGAAGAACAUUAUUAGUGGUGUUACUAUAUAUCUCUAAUAUAUGCAAGAUUAUACAAAUUA